AUGUAUGAAAAUCCUCCAAAAUAUACAUUUGAAAACGUUCAGCACUUGGGCGCAAAAAAUGUUGCGAUAGCUGCCAAACAAAAUGAUGCACAAUUGGUUCAUAUUAGCGCUAUUGGUGCAGAUCCUAAUAGCGAAGUUCCUUAUGCUAGAACUAAAGCUAGAAUGUUGCCAUUCGUACCAAUUUUUGGUGGUGGGUCUACAAAGUUUCAACCUGUUUAUGUAUGGGAUUUUGCGUCGGCUGUUGCUAAAGCAAGCAAUCAAUCUCUCAAGUUUCAAGAAAAAAUCUUUGAAAUUGGUGGUCCAAAGGGUAAUAAGGAAUCAAAUAUAAAUAAUAUCAUUGGAUGUAUCUUUCUACAUCACUCAAAACUCUAUCUUAAAAACUUAGUGUAUACAUACAAAGAACUCAUGCAACUAACAUUAUCCGAGGCAGGAAUAAAACGUCCAAUUAUCUCCCUACCAUGGCAAAUUGGGCUUAUUCAAGGAUAUUUUCUUGAAAAGCUGCCAAAGAAUUUGUUUACUAUCACACGUGAUCAAAUAAAAUUGCUUAAGAAAGAUAACAUUGUUUCGAAUAUGGAAGGAAUUUUGAAUUUAAAAGAUUUGGAGAUUGAACCUACUCCAGCUGAUAAGGCAAUAUUACAAAUUCUUAUUUUUUUUUUAAUUUU